AUGGAGGGGAUGCAAUUCCUGCAUUACGAACUCAACGUGUCUCGCAUCGAUGAUAGUAUGAAAAAGCACUCGAAGAUAAUGAACAUCAUGGAUAUCGGUACGGGGACGGGUGACUGGGCUAUGGAUGUGGCAUAUGCCAAACAGGAAGCCGUGGUCAUCGGCACCGAUCUGGCUCCAAUUCAACCCUCCAAUAUACCAGUCAACUUGGGCUUCUCCAUCGGCAAUGCCAACACUCCUGACUGGGGCCUGGAUGACCGAUUCGAUUUCAUCCAUAUACGAGCAACUCCUGACGCUAUGUGGCUGGAGUGGAUGCGGAUGCUCGACGUUCUGAGAGAUGCCACUGGCCUUUCGUUUGGGAUUCAUAAGGAGGGUCGUGCUCUCAGGGAGCUGCAGCUUGUGGGUUACGAACCUAUGGGCUCAAGUUGCCGGGAGUACCACAUUAAGUCGGGAACGCAUGUCUUCGAUGGCAGUUGCCUCCUUCAAGGUGUUAUUGAACAUAUGAAGGGGAUAUUCACACAAGCUUUUAGGUUCGUGCCUCACUCCACCCCCCUGCACAAUCUGCUGGGGAAGUUAGAAGAGGAACUACUUCAGGGGGUCAACAUCGAAGUAAUUAGAUGGCACAAGUACCCGACGAAUGCCUUCCGAACCCGCGGGGACGGCAACAGCGACCCCCGUUAUCAGGGCACCGGCGCUCUCGUCAAUAAGCCAGAGGCAAUCGACGAUCUAGAUGAUAGAAGCUGGUUUGGGGGGUCUUCUCGGCCAAGGGGAGUCAGGGGCUGA